CCUGGAGUCAGCCCGGCUCAAGUUAGGGACCGUGGGCACCGGGCGCCCAGGUGGCGGGCGGACCUCGCAGGGCUGGACGCACAGCCUUUGCUCCCUCACUUUGUUGGAGACAGGCAUGUUGGGACCCACAUUCAUGCAGACCGGGACUCCUGCCUCCUCUACCACCGGUGUCCCCUUGCCUGGGCCGUCACUUUGAUCCAUGUGGUCCGUCCCCGAGAUUUACCCCUCAAAAGUGUCCUCAGCAUGUCAUCAGCAAAAGCCCAAGCACCGGAGGAGACGGUGCCUGCCUGCCAGGAAGAACUGAAAGGGAAAGCACUUUUCACCUGGGGCCCCCUUUUUGGUCACCGCAGUGAGAAGAUCGUCUUUACCAAAGGUGACGGCAGCCCAGAGGAGAGCCUGCUCACCGUCACCAUCACUGAGACUACUGUCAUUGAGUCGGACUUGGGUGUGUGGAGCUCAAGGGCUCUCAUCUACCUCACGCUGUGGUUCUUCUUCAGCUUCUGUACACUGUUCCUCAACAAGUACAUCCUGUCCCUGUUAGAGGGAGAGCCCAGCAUGUUAGGUGCUGUGCAGAUGCUGUCAACAACAUUAAUUGGAUGUGUUAAAAUAUUUGUUCCUUGCUGUUUAUAUCAACACAAAACCCGGCUCUCUUACCCACCCAAUUUCAUCAUGACUAUGCUCUUUGUGGGCCUCAUGAGGUUUGCAACGGUGGUUUUGGGGCUGGUCAGCCUGAAAAAUGUGGCCGUUUCCUUUGCUGAGACUGUGAAGAGCUCGGCUCCCAUUUUCACUGUGAUCAUGUCUCGGAUGAUUCUGGGCGAGUACACAGGGCUGUUGGUCAACCUGUCCCUUAUCCCAGUCAUGGGAGGACUAGCAUUGUGCACUGCCACUGAGAUAAGCUUCAACAUCCUGGGGGUUUCAGCUGCAUUAUCCACUAACAUUAUGGAUUGUUUGCAGAAUGUUUUUUCGAAAAAGCUUCUCAGUGGGGACAAGUACAGGUUCUCGGCCCCGGAGCUACAAUUCUAUACCAGUGCUGCUGCCGUAGCCUUGCUGAUCCCAGCAUGGACCUUCUUCAUGGAUGUCCCUGUGAUUGGCAGGAGUGGGAAGAGCUUCAGCUACAGCCAGGACAUUGUGCUGCUGCUGCUGACAGAUGGCGCCUUGUUUCACCUUCAGAGUGUCACUGCAUAUGCCCUCAUGGGAAAGAUCUCUCCUGUGACUUUCAGUGUCGCCAGCACUGUGAAGCAUGCCUUGUCUGUCUGGCUCAGCAUCAUCGUCUUUGGCAACAAAAUCACCAGCCUGUCUGCCAUCGGCACCGUCCUUGUCACAGUGGGUGUCUUACUCUACAACAAGGCCAGGCAGUAUCAGCAAGAGACCAUGCAGAGUCUGGCCACAGCCACUACCCGGGGCCUAGAGGAUGACACAGAGCCACUGGUCCCCCAGGAAUCUAGACAGCACCACUGAGCUCCUUGCGAUACUGUGUCCCCUGGGAACCAGGCCAGACU